CUCUUCCUUCCGCCGGGGCGGCCCAGCGGGCCCGGCUUAGCGCACUCCCGUGCGCCCCGGGCGCGUGUCGGCCGGAUGUCUCGGCGCACCGGCCUCUUUCAGCCACAAUGGGCGCCAUGGCGCUCCCCGGGGCCGGAGCCCGGGCCCGCGGCUGCACAGCCGCGGCUAAAAUGGCCCAGAGGCGCCGCUACGCGGAGUAUGCGAGAGGAUCCCCGCGUCGUGGGCCCCCGGUCUCGCGCGCUGCGCUUUACGUGCACUGGCCGUACUGUGAGAAGCGCUGCAGUUACUGCAAUUUCAACAAAUACAUACCCCGCGGCGUGGAGGAGGCAGCCAUGAGGAGCUGUCUGGUGACCGAGGCUCGGACGCUGCUGCGACUCAGCGGGGUGCGGAGGGUGGAAUCUGUGUUCUUUGGUGGGGGAACCCCCAGUCUGGCCAGUCCCAGCACCGUGGCCGCUGUCCUGGAGGCGGUGGACCAGGCAGCUCACCUGCCUGCAGACUCCGAAGUCACACUGGAGGCCAACCCCACUUCCGCCCCAGGCUCCAGGCUGGCUGCUUUUGGGGCAGCAGGGGUCAACAGGUUGUCCAUCGGGCUUCAGUCCCUGGAUGACACCGAGCUCCAGCUGCUGGGGCGGACACACUCGGCCCGCGAUUCUCUGCAGACACUGGCAGAGGCGCGGCGCCUCUUCCCCGGCCGCGUGUCUGUGGACCUGAUGCUGGGGCUGCCUGCCCAGCAGGUGGGGCCGUGGCUUGGGCAGCUGCGGACACUGCUGGGCUGCUGUGACGACCACAUCUCCCUCUACCAGCUGAGCCUGGAGCGGGGCACCGCACUCUUCACCCACGUGCAGCGGGGCACCCUUCCUGCCCCUGACCCCGAGCUUGCUGCUGCAAUGUACCAGGAGGGACGGGCCAUGCUCCGGGAGGCCGGCUUCCGCCAGUAUGAGGUCUCCAACUUCGCCCGGAAUGGGGCGCUCAGUACUCACAAUUGGACUUACUGGCAGUGUGGUCAGUACCUUGGCAUUGGGCCCGGGGCCCAUGGGCGAUUUGCGCCCCAGGGGGCUGGGAGCCACACCCGAGAGGCUCGGAUCCAGACCCUGGAGCCAGACAACUGGAUGAAAGAGGUGAUGCGGUUUGGACAUGGCACCCGAAGGCGCGUCCCCCUGGGCCGGCUGGAGCUGCUAGAGGAAGUUUUGGCCAUGGGGCUACGUACGGACGUGGGGAUCACUCACCAGCACUGGCAGCAGUUUGAGCCCGAGCUGAGCCUCUGGGACGUGUUUGGAGUAAGCCAGGAGGUGAAGGUGCUGCUGGUGCAGGGCCUGUUGCUGCUGGAUCACAGGGGUCUUCGGUGUUCCUGGGAGGGUCUGGCUGUGCUAGACUGUCUGCUGCUGACCCUCCUGCCUCGACUCCAAGAAGCCUGGGCGCAGAGGACUCCCUCCCCUGUGCAAGGAGGAUGACCAGACAUUCCUGUGUCAACAGGAUCACGCCAGGCUUGAAGCUGCUGUGUCUGCCCGGCACCAGGUAACUGGACUUGAGGUGUCUGUUUUCCCUCCCGAAGAGGCACCAACAGCGAGGCGGUCCCCUUCCUGGGACAGGACUACAUGCUGCAAAGAAAAGGACUUGAAAUAGUAGGAUUGCUGUAAAGUCUGUGUUUUUGGCUCCUGGCCCCCAGGAAUUCAUAUCUGGAAACAGAGUCCCCAGGGGGAUAGUAUUAGGAGGUAGGACCUUUGGGCGGUGACUAGGUCAUGAGGGUGGAGCCUUAGUUUUUCUAAAAGAGGCCCCAGAGGACCCCCCUCGGCUUGCUCCACCACCUGAGAAGAUGCGGACAUCUGCAAACCAGGACGUGGACCCUCCAAGGACCCGAAAUCUGCCUGCACCUUGAUCUUGGACUUCCCCGGCCUCCUGAACUGAGAAGUAAAUAGUUAUUCUUGAACACACCCAGGUUGUGUUACUUUUGUUACAGCAGCCCAAAGGUGCUAAGACAAGGUGGGGAAUAACUUGGGUGGUAGAUUGCAUUAAUUGUUCAAAAUGUCUACUAUCCCUCCUUGAGUGCUGCUCCCUGAGGAUCCACAGGAGAGGAUCCGCCUGCCCUGUUGGACCCGGUUAGGGGGACCAUGACAGUGGCCUUGAACUGCUGUAGGAGCCCAGGGAGGGGUUGGGUGUGGGUGGCCCUGUCUCCUCCCUCUGCCACAGAGGCCUGCCACGUUCGGGUAGAGACUGUCAGUCUGGGUCCCGUAGUGAAUAUGGGUGCCGAUCACAACAGAUAGAAGCAGGAGUGAGAAAUCACCAUUUUGUUGUUGGAAACCAGUGGGUUUUCAGGGUGUCACUGCAGUGUAAUUGAGACCGCGCCGGCUGAUACAAUCUGUAAUCCCACCAUUGAAAGAUGGAUGACCGUCAGGAUUCCAGUGGGUGUCUGUAGGAAUUCUUACAUGCAAAUGAGCAUGUUUACACACACAGGCUUCCAAAAAUGGGAGCAUCUCAGUCUUGCCAUGGAACCUUCUCAUACCUAAUAUGUGGUGAGCAUCUCUUCGCGUCAGAUCUGUGUCCAUAGCGUACCACUGUGUGGGCAUGCCAAAAUUUGGUUUUCCAGUUCCUUUUUGGUGGAACUGAGCAUUUAAGUGUUAUUUUUGUAAGCUCUGUGAUGGACGUCUUAGGUAAAUAUUUGUACGCCAUUUCCUUAGGUUUAGGAUGAGUCCUAAGAAGUGGGAUUACUGACUCUGAGGAUAUGCACAUUCUUGAGCUCCGCAGUGCCAAAAUACCCACCAGGAAGUUUGCCUGGAUUUCCCCUCUGGCUGGCUCACUAGUGCUCAUUUCUCUGUAAUUUUGUCAGUAGCAAGCAUGAUUGACUUUUCCAGAUGAUCCCAAGCCAGAGAGCCCUCAACCCAGUCAGCUAAUGGGCUGCCUUCCUAAGUUCUGCAACUCUUCCGUCCAUCUGAUCCCUCUCAAGUCAGGGAUCCAAGUGGGCACAACCUCUGGGACCACCCAGGUGAAAGGCUGAGCAGGAACUGUUGCCCUGUAUUCUAGAUUGCAUCCGAUUUCUCUUAUGCAGAGCCCCUCCCUCCCAUCUUCCUCUCCCUGCUUCCCCUUCUUUUCUCUAAGGGGAUUUUUAAAGCUACUUAAAAAAAAAAAAAAUUAUUACACAAACAACAUUAUGGAAACAUUAGAAUUCUAAAUGAAAAAGAAAGAAUAAAAAAUCCCCACCCAUCAGUGGCCCUAACACAUUCAGUGGUUUUUACUGGCCUGUGUUCCCUUGCAAGGCAAAUGAAUGCAAGCUUUUUACCCAGUUGGGCUCCAGCACAGAUUUCAUUUUGCAUCUGCCCCUUUGGCCUCUCCCUGGGUCGGAAGCUUCAUUCGUUGUUGUUACAUGGCCGUCCUGUCUCAUUUUAACUGUUGCGCGAUGUUCCAGUGGGUGAAUCAUUUCAUAAUUAUUACCCUGGUGGAAGUCACUUAAGCGGUUAUCCGUUUUCCUCCAUUAUAAAUCAUGCUCUGGCAACGUG